AUGACAUCCUUUGACGCAUACACCGACAAAGCCGCCAAGGCGCUCGCCGACAGUUUCGAGCUUGCCAAAGGCUACGCACAUUCACAACUCACUCCCGUCCACCUCGCCGUCUCGCUUAUCGACCCGCCGCCGGACGACCAACAAAAAGCAGGCCUGUCCCAGCCUUCAGUACCCUUCUUCCGACAAGUCAUCGACCGCGCGAAUGGCGAUGCACAACAACUCGAGCGAUCUCUCAAGAAAGCCCUCGUCCGGCUGCCCAGUCAGGACCCGCCACCAGACCGAACCUCACCUUCACCAGCAAUGGCCAAGAUACUACGGUCAGCAGAAGAGCUCGCGCGGACACAAAAGGACAGCUACAUCGCAGUAGAGCAUCUCAUCCAGUGCCUCUGCCAGGACCCGUCAAUACAGAAAUGCCUGGCUGAGUCCAAUGUACCAAACACCAAGCUGGUCGACCAGGCUAUCCAGGCUAUCCGCGGCACGAAGCGGGUCGACUCUAAGACGGCAGACGCAGAGCAAGAGAACGAGAACCUCAAGAAGUUCACCAUCGACAUGACCGCAAUGGCACGGGAAGGCAAGAUCGACCCGGUCAUUGGUCGCGAGGAGGAGAUCCGACGAGUUAUUCGCAUUCUGUCGCGACGAACCAAGAAUAACCCCGUUCUCAUCGGAGAGCCAGGUGUGGGUAAGACUACCGUUGUCGAAGGUCUCGCCCGCCGCAUUGUCGACGCCGAUGUUCCCGCCAAUCUCGCAGCUUGCAAGCUACUCUCACUCGACGUUGGGGCCUUGGUCGCCGGCAGCAAGUACCGUGGAGAAUUUGAAGAGCGCAUGAAAGGUGUGUUGAAAGAGAUUGAGGAGUCCAAGGACAUGAUAGUACUAUUCGUGGACGAAAUCCAUCUUCUCAUGGGCGCUGGAUCCUCUGGAGAGGGCGGCAUGGACGCUGCCAACCUGCUGAAGCCCAUGCUGGCCCGUGGACAGCUUCACUGUAUCGGCGCAACGACUCUUGGCGAAUACAGGAAGUACAUCGAGAAGGACCAGGCGUUCGAGCGACGUUUCCAACAGGUACUGGUCAAGGAGCCUAGCAUUCCCGAAACCAUCUCCAUCCUACGUGGACUGAAGGAACGCUACGAGACGCACCAUGGUGUCACCAUCAUGGACGGUGCCAUCGUUUCUGCGGCUACCCUUGCUGCACGCUACCUUACACAGCGUCGUCUCCCCGACUCGGCAGUUGACCUGAUCGAUGAAGCUGCCGCUGCAGUCCGCGUUACUCGAGAAUCACAACCCGAAGCUCUUGACAACAUGGAGCGUCGCCUUCGCCAACUCGAGAUAGAGAUUCACGCUCUGAAUCGCGAGAAAGACGAAGCGUCCCAGGCCCGUCUAAAGGAAGCUAGGGCUGAAGCUGCAAACAUCGAAGAAGAGCUGAAGCCGCUCCGAGAGAUGUACGAACGCGAGAAGGGCCGCAGCAAGGAAAUUCAGGAAGCUAAGAUUAAGCUCGAGAACUUACACAACAAGGUCGCAGAGGCUGAGCGUAUUCGCGACCUUCAGACCGCUUCCGAUCUGACGUACUACGCCAUUCCCGACUUGAAGCAACGCAUCGCCGAGCUUGAGGCAGAGAAGAAGAAGGCUGACGCAGAGAUGUGGGCUCACCAGGAUGGUGAAGGUGCGGCUCUUCUCAGUGACUCCGUUGGACCCGACCAAAUCAACGAAAUCGUGGCGCGCUGGACCGGCAUCCCAGUUACCAGGCUAAAGACUACCGAGAAAGACAAACUUCUCAACAUGGAGCGACACCUUGGUCAGAUUGUCGUUGGGCAGAAGGAAGCUGUUGGGGCUGUCUCCAACGCAAUCCGGCUCCAGCGAUCCGGUCUCGCAAACCCAAAUCAGCCGCCGAGCUUCCUCUUCUGUGGUCCCUCCGGGACAGGUAAAACAUUGCUCACCAAGGCCCUUGCUGAGUUCCUGUUCGACGACCCCAAGUCUAUGAUCCGGUUUGAUAUGUCAGAAUACCAGGAGCGCCACUCUCUUAGCAGAAUGAUUGGCGCACCCCCAGGAUAUGUCGGUCAUGACGCAGGAGGCCAGCUUACAGAAGCACUCCGUCGUCGUCCAUUCUCCAUCCUACUCUUCGACGAGGUCGAGAAGGCUGCAAAGGAAGUUCUCACUGUUCUCUUGCAACUCAUGGACGACGGUCGUAUCACCGACGGCCAAGGCAGGGUCGUAGACGCGAAGAACUGCAUUGUCGUCAUGACCUCUAACUUGGGUGCUGAAUACCUCUCCCGACCCAACGCACCCGACGGUCGCAUCGAUCCUACCACCCGCGAGAUGGUCAUGGGCGCACUCCGCAGCUACUUCCUCCCCGAGUUCCUCAAUCGUAUUUCCUCCGUUGUCAUCUUCAACCGUCUCACUAAGAAGGAGAUCCGCAAGAUUGUCGACGUGCGCAUGGCCGAAAUACAGAAACGUCUCCACGCAAAUGGUCGCAACGUGCGCAUCGAGAUGACCAACGAAGUACGCGACUACCUUGGAUCAGCUGGUUACUCACCCGCCUACGGUGCCCGUCCUCUUGCACGUCUUAUCGAGAAGGAGGUGCUCAACCGUAUGGCUGUGAUGAUCCUGCGCGGUAGCAUCAAGGAUGGCGAGUCGGCACGCGUGGUACUCGAAGAUGGUCACAUCUUCGUCUUGCCCAACCACACAGACAGCGAAACAGACUCCGAGAUGUAUGACGAAUCCGAUGCUGUGGCAGAGCUGGAGGAUGAGGCAGAUGGAGGUAAUGGUUGGAUGAAUAUGGACGAGGAUGACGUGGACUAG